AAACAAAAGUAUGAAACAAAGAACUCUGAUGGGUCUUUCAAUGAUAGUAUAAGACUGUGUGUAAUUGAAUUAGCUGGACUUGAAGUAGCAGUUGAGAAAGUCUCCCAAGUAAUUCAAGUUAUUUCCAGGCACAUGUUUUCUCGUGAAAUAAGUAAAGCAGACCUCCCAACUAGCUCAACUGUCCAAACAAUUGUUGAUGAAGGUCACUUUUUAGCAAAGACUUAUAUUUCAACAGUUAUUGAUGCUGCUGAAAGUUUCGGUUUAAACAGAGAUGGAACUUCGCGCAAAAAGCAGAAGAUAGUUGACACGUCGGUAACCUUAGACACAGGUGAUGUGAUGAGUUUGGGCUUCACUCGUGUUGCACAUGAAAGUGCUAAAACAAUAAACAGUGUAACUAAGAACAGCAUAGAUGAACUUGCCAAGUUGAAUAGUACAUUUUGUUCAGACAAAAAUGAUACAGCAAAUACUAACGAAGAGUACAUUAGAAACAUCCUGCAUAAACUCGCCUUCAGCAUGUCCGACAGAGCAAGCAAUGAAAAACUAGCGGAUAAACUUCUCGAUGAGUGGAGAGAUGAAGUUCUGGAAACUUGUGAAAAUAAAGACAAAACAACUGUCAAACACUUCCACUGCAUGGCACAUGUAUUGUUGGGAUUCCACAAGUAUGCAUGCACCGACGUUAAAUCAGUUGAAACAAGUUUAGCUAAAGAAAGUGGUCCACUUGGACGUGACAGCCUUCCUGCGUUUAAAUAUUGGCGUUCGUCGGGCACAGUUGUUGAACGUGUGGUACGCACAACUGCAGAAACAUUUGGUCCUGCUGGUGACCAUCUGGGAUUAAAAGACAGAUGGGAUGCGGAUUGCAGUCAAAAGGGUGUCAAGUCUGUCCUGGGUAAUUAUCGUGACAACCGUUUCAACGGCAUAUUUCAAACUUCGGCUGAGGUGCUAGUCCAUGCAGAUCAAAUGCUUGAUGUGCUUAGCACAGUGAAAAAUCCAAACCGGAAGCUUCAAGCGGUUAAAGCAGACCUUCAGUGUGAAAAAGUAAGAACUCUCCUUCAAUGUUUUGGUCUGUUUUAUGUUAAGCUGACAGGACCAUACUGGAACCUUGUUACUUCUGGUGCAGUGCCUUACCUUCUCUUGUACAGUCAUAUCCAAGCUAUCGCCGCAUACUUGAAAUCCUGUUCUGAAGAUCCAGCCACACUCCUCAACCCAGAAGGACACUGGGAAGCAAAUGAUGCUCAUGGUAUAGCAGACAUUCCCUACAAGCAGCGUUUCAUAGAAACUGUUUUUGAAGUAAAUGACCAGACCAAAGAACUGCUUUAUCAAAUGAUUAAAACUGUAAGUACAGCAAUGCUGAAGUGUAUAGAGAAGCAGUUAAUUGACUUUCUACCAGGAGGGCAGUUCAGUGAAAAACCCUGUCAGGAGGAACUCAGAAGAACCAGUUAUGCCCACUCGACAAACCUUGGAUGUGAACACCAUUUCGGUGACCUUGACAGCAGUCAGAAGCGACGUCCUAAUGCAUCCAUGCAUCACCAUUCGACUGUACAGCUCUUGAAAAGAAACAGAAAACCCAUGAUCGGAUGGCUUGCAGAAAUGUCCGAGUCUGAAAGGCAGGUUGUUUUAAAAAAAGCACGGCAAGGCGGACGAAAUCUGAGAAAAAUUCACAUGCAAGCAGAAAAAGAAGUGAUAGAUGAAAUAAGUAACGACAUGAUCAAUGAAAAAAACAAAAUAACAAGCAAAAAAAGGAAGCGAAAUGUAGAAACUGAAUGUGAACAAAAUUUUGUUGAUGAUGCGGAUGAGAUAACCAAAGACUUACUUCCAAUCCAUGAACCAUACAAUGAAAAUGAAUACGUAAUCGUAGCAUACCAAGACCAGUGGUAUCCUGGGUGUGUUCAAAAAUUGGCAGAACAGCAAAUUGUAGUAAAUUUUAUGUGUCCAACACGGAAGGCAGGGCAUUUUAUUUGGCCCGCGAGAAAAGAUGUACAGACAGUAUGUAAUGAGUUUGUCAUUAAAAGAAAUUUUGUCCGGAAUGUCUGAACUCUGGGCGCCUGUGGAAAAUUGUUGACUUCGAGGAAGUAGAGGAUUUAUACAAAAAAUAUUGUAAGGUGUAUUUUUAAUGUCAAGCCAAGUAUCAGCAAUGAAACAAAUGAUUGUAACAUGUCACUGUGAUAUAUUUAUUUAAUAAUGUGUGUUUAUAUAAAAUAUGUUGUGAUUUAUAUCUUAAUUUCAUCAAGACAAAUUAUGUUAGGAGAUAGUCAUAUAAUGACGCAACAAAUUUUUAAACGCAAAAUGCAUUUAACAAAUCCAAAAUGUGUUAAUGAAAACAUUUCAGCAACAUUUGUUAACUUAUUGCACUGUCACUGUGAUAUAUCUAACUUAUUGAAUUUGUUUUAUGUUAUCAUUCAUUUCAUGUAAAAAUGUUGAUUUCUCAUUGAUUUUAUGUAUGUUGUAAAUGUACAAAUAAAAUUUAAAAUAAA